UCACGGUUAGAUCACCCAUCAUCUGGCUUUACGCCAUGUUGUUGCUCCUUCUCGUUUUCCUGUGCGGGGCGGGGAGCAUUUCUCGCGUCAGUUCUCUCGCGGACGGCGAGACCUGCGAGCUGACACACGGCGAGACUACCGUGGAUGUCGAAGUGGUGGACGACAUCCAUCAGCGAACUCUUCGAUGUCGAAAACGAGUUCAAGUCAAUCAGUGUGAGGGUAAAUGCAUAUCACAGGUGUCCCCUACGGUGCUACAACAUGGAUUCGAUAAGAAAUGCCACUGCUGCAGAGAACAUGGGAUGGUACACAAGAAGGUUGUCUUGACAAACUGCCACGACGCCCUAGGAGUCAGAGCCCCAGAUUUUACUCAUCAAGUAACGCUAAAGCAACCCCAGGCUUGUCGUUGUCAGAUCUGUACAUUCUGAGAUUUUACCAUUUUAUUUUCUUUUUACCACUAACUCUAAAUUCCAAAAUAAAGAUUAUGUCACUAAGAUUAUCUUUUACUCUUUUUUGUAAUGUAGUUGUGCUCUCGUGUUUGUUGACUGAUCUAUCGUCGGUUACAUGAUUAUACAGACUAUUACGUCAUUUGAAAAUCUAUACUUUUGUAAUGCAUUUACUUGCAGGCGUAAAUAUAUCAUCAUUCAUUAGCACUUUCUUCAAUUAUUUGAUAUCAUUUGUCUUGUUAAUUUAUUGUCAUGUUCAGUCAUUAUACAAAAUGGGGCAUUCAUCUUAAUAUGGAAUAGGUAAAGAUAGGGCAUAUAACAGGGAACAUAACGGAUCUGAGUUAAUUAUUUCGUUACGUACUUCAAUUCACCAAAAAGCAAUAAAAUAAACAACAUUUCGUACACUGAAUGCUUUAUUUCUUCAUUAUAUUGAACUUUUGUUUUCUUGUAAAAACAGGUGAAAACAAAUUACCAAGAAUGCUCCAUUUCUGUUUAUUUGAAAAUAGGAAUAAAAGAGCACUGUUGAUUACACAACUUGCUCAAGGGAAUAGGUGCCGUGUCCGUGGAUCGAACCCCUGACUUAUGUGUGUCUAGACAGGUACCUUAGACCACUCGGCCACGGCAGGUCCACUGAGCUAUCUGUGCCUUCAAACGAUUAUCCAGCUUUAUGCAUUCAGGCAUUCAAAACAACACGGUUUUCAUCCCUUUUUGAUAAAAAUAAGAGUAGUCCACGAAUUAAGCCCUGAGGUACACCUUAUUUGGCGGUUUAAUGAAACUUGGGUUUGAAUCUUUCAAGUUCUCUGUAAACCUUUUAAACAAGAAAUGAGUUCUAGUCAUUAUUCAUCAGUCGAUUACUUCGUUAACACGGUAAGUGAUUAGUUAUCAAUCAUUUUCUAAAACACCUAAUCAAGAUUUCUAUAACGUCAUGCAAGAUUAAAUUUCAUGAAUAAUAUGAUUGAAAUAUAGAAUUGAAGGUGAAAUUACUACUGUGCUGUUAAUUUUCCGGCCAAAAUGAUUCUGGAAAAUAUGUGUAUUCACAUUUUUUUUCUUAUUUCGAGGUCACAUUUUUAGAAAAGUAAACCCUUUAGCAACGACAAUGACAAGGUCAUGUUGCUUGAAUUAUUCGUGCCAUCAUCUUGAUUAAAAGUGAUAAUGUGUGUAUUAUGCUUCCUGAACGAAAAUGUUUAUGAAACGAGGAUAGGGUUUUAAAAGCUUUACAAGUGGAUUUAAUUAUUCCCAUAACAAAUUUUCCGAAUGAAGUCUCAUGUCGACGGGUUAAAUGUGCAUAUACAAUUUAUCGACUCUGUAAUUUUUAGGUUGUCAUCCUGAAAAAUAAUCAUUUUGAAGUUAAUUGAAAAAAGGUGAUGUCAUGGUAAAAUAUAAUAUUUCAAGGCUUACUUCACGUUUGUUAUUUUUAUUUGUUUUUACAAAAUGAUUUUCCCUUUUAUCAAAGUGUGUGAUCUCUUCAAGUAAAAUGGAAUCUGAAAAACAUUUGAAAAAUAUAUAGAUCAAGCAAAAAAUAUUUUUUUGUUCAUAAAAAUCGGAUGUAAACCUGUAAGGUUGCCAAUUUACUUUGCACAAUAGAGUGAUAUAUAGACUAUUCUAAAAAAAUGUAUGUCGGCGUGGGGCCGCAGAAUGAUUAUGAAGUGAGUUGCUGACCUUAUUUUAAGGAGAUAGAUGAAGAUGACACCCCUCCCCCACCUCCUCUCUUCCCCGGUUCUGCGGCGCCACAUAUAUGCGACAUUCCUGAAAUUAGUUGUCUCUGUUAUUAUUUAUGAAGAUUGUUUCGAAUAAUCAUGACUUAAGAAGUUUAAAGUGACGUAUUAUGGAAUAAAUGGGGUUGAGACGUACAAAAGGAAUUAUUAUAAAAUUACCCCAUGCACAUAGCAAAUCACUGUAUUAUAUUAUAAUUAUUGUAAUAAUUGGAGCAUUGUGUUGUUUUUAUUAUAUAUCUAAGAAAUAGAAUCAACCCUUUUAUACUUCUAAUAUUGCUACAUCAGGUGAGCGUUUCAUGAAAGGACUUGUCAGACGUUUUAUCCGACAAGUCCGAUGCUAUCCGACAGUUACUAUAGUAACAGUGCUUCUUAACCAAUCAGAAUCCAGGAAGGUUGUCAGAUCUGACAACUUGUCGGACGAAAAUAUUGAUGAAACGCCCCCAGGUAUGUCAAGAGUACCGUGCAACUAUCUGAUAAGAAUAUGCUUGGUCGUGUUAAUGUUGAAGUAAAGGUAACGACUGCACAUUUGAGAAUGUUUGAUGCGACUUUGCGCUACUAGCGUGAACCUCAAAGAGCAGAUUGAUAUUAUACAAACACGUUUACAUAAAAGUGGCUUAAUUUUUCCGAAAAAAAUAUCUAUUCAAGUCUUGCUUACAGAAUGUGGAAAAUAAUUACAUCGAUUUGACUGAAGUCCAGGGUAAAAUGGUGAUUGAAAUUCUGCUAGAACUAAAAAAUGCAAAGUGAGUGAAUUAAAUGUCUUUAAGUAUUUUAAACAACAUGUACAGUUAUUUGUGUAAAAUAUGUUUCGAAAAAUAAACACUUCUUACAUUAAGCACUU